AUGCGCUUCGUCGGACCCGCUAUCCUCUCGGCAAUUGCCAUGCCAAUGAUUGUCGCUGCUCAAGGCGCUACACCCGAUGCCUCCGCCACCGCCGCACCCGCACCUGCUGCCACGGCCGGCCCCAAUUCCAACACUGGCCCCGUCACCUGGGCUGACUUUUUGACCUCCUGCCAAACCCCCGGCCAGGUUGCCCUUACCUAUAGCGAGGGUCCCUCAGAGGCAACAAUGGAGAUGCUCGAGACGUUGAAGGAGGCCCAGGCCAAAGUGACCUUCUUCACCAAUGCGACCUGGCUCCAGUACAUGCAAUACGCCGGAGUGACCCGUCACGCCUACAUCGAUGGCCAUCUGAUCGGCAUGACUUACCGUCUCCCCUCCGACACCUCAGCCGGCCGCACUGACAACGAGAUCAAGGAGGACAUUGGUCGCGCCUCGCGUACGAUCCAGGACCUUAUCGGCGUCUACCCAAAGUACAUCAAGAUCCACGAGUCCAACCUCAAAGACCCCCGCUUGCUCAACCUCGUCAAGUCUAUGGGUUACACCCUCGUCGGCUUCAACAUGGACGAGUACGAUUACAAGUACAACACUGCCGCGACAUCUUCCCAGAUCGCAGAGGUAUUUAACGCCAUGUUCACCAAGCAGAUGGACGCCUAUGGUCGCAAGGCCUCCUACGUCGUUGCUGGAUACGACGUCCCCACCACCGGAGCCGCCUCGGGUAUGCCCAAGGUCAUCAACACCAUCCAGGCCCACGCCUACGACAUGGUCCGUCUCGAUGGCUGCACCAACGACAAGACCCCCUACAAGAAGGACCCCAUACUCAACAAUGGUUAUGUCGGUGACGCAAAGUCCUUUGGCGCUCUUGAGUACAAGCAUGGCCAAAAGUCUGUCAACUAUACACCCGGCGGAAACCAGCCAAACAAGGAUGCAACACCAUCCCCUGCUGGAAACGAGAGCAAGACUACCCAGAAUAAGCCUGCCAGCAAGUCUGCUGGCUCUAGACUCGCAGCUGCUGCAUCCGUCAUGACCAUUAUUCCUGCCCUCGCAAUCGCAUACUUCCUUUAA